AUGUCCAACCUGAAGUACCUCAAAGGCGACCUCUUCACCGCGCCCUCAGGAUCCAUCCUUGUCCAGGCCUGCAACACGCAAGGAUCCUGGGGAGCCGGCAUCGCGAUCGCUUUCAAGGAGAAGUACCCCGCUGCGUUCCAACAGUACGAAGCCCACUGCAAGACGCAUGGUCAGGCUUUGGUUGGCACAUGCCUGCUCAUACCUGGCGAGACACACGCCAUCGCGUGUCUCUUUACGUCCCGCGCAUAUGGAAGACGUAAGGACGCGCCUGCAGACAUCCUCGCGGCUACACAGACAGCCGUGCAAGAUCUCAUUGAUCAGAACGUCGAUGGGAAGCCUUUACAUGCGUGCCGCUUCAACUCGGGCAAGUUCGCAGUUCCAUGGACGGACACAGAAGCUAUUCUAAUAGCCUUAAACGCAUCUAUGACAAUUUAUGCGCCAUGA